GAAAAAUGGAAGGCAUAACAUUGAUAGUGGUGAUGAUGUCAAGCUUAAUGUUAGGAGGGAAAGGUCAGCAGAUAAUUAGCACCCCAUGCACCUCCUCCAUGAUCUCUACCUUCACUCCAUGUCUCAACUUCAUAACCGGGAGCAGCGGCGGAUCCGUCACUCCCACCGCCGGCUGCUGCGACUCCUUAAAGUCGUUGACCAGCACCGGAAUGAACUGUGCUUGCCUCAUCCUCACCGCUAAUGUCCCGCUGCCUACUGGCUUCAUCAAUCGGACUCUCUCGCUUACUCUCCCUCGUGCCUGCAAAAUGAGCGGUGUGCCUGUUCAGUGUCAAGCGGCGGGGACCCCUCUGCCAGCACCAGGUCCAAUACCAUUUUUGCUGGCUUCACCACCGCCUAUGUCUGCUUUUAGCCCCGGAUCAUCUAAGGCGGCGGCGACUGCACCUGGCCCGAGACCGGGUGCUCCCUUGGAUGGGCCGAUAGACCCCGCAACCACACCAGGAAUUUGGCCCGUGGUUCAACCCUUGCAACCCACCAGCGUCGCUCAAUAUUGUACUUCUUCUUUUCUUCCCUUGUUUUUCUUUAUCUUCACUCUUCUCACUUUGUUGUAUUUGUAAGCUAUACAACACUUCUUCAUAUUCAAAAUUGUUACCUUUAUCUAUGUAUUGC